AAUACCAACAGGCAAUAACAGGUACCAGGAUUGGCGGGUUAGAGUUGAGAUAAAGAAGUUCACAAGUAUAAAUAGUGCUGUACAUUUGAAAAUUGCUAUAAGUCUUGUACCAGGCGUGUACCAGUCGUGUACCAUUCUGCAACGUGCUGACGUAAGAAGAAACUCAUCGCCAUGCUCAGACAUAUUUGUGUGGUUACUUUACUACUUCUUGUUCAACGUUGUAAGUAUAUUUUGUAUUAAAAUAACUGACAAAAAAAAGCUAAAAUGAUUAUAAAAAUAUUAAUUCAAGUUACAAACAGCCAUAUAAGGGGUGAGAACGAUUAUUAAUUUCUAAAAUGAUUUUAUUCUUUAGUCUCUUUACAACUAGGUAAUGUAGACUUUAUUAUAGCAUGCAAUGAUAACUGAAGGUUAAUUCUAGCCUAUUACUUUAAAAUUCUUAUUUGAAGGGAAGAGAUUUGAUAAGCUUAAGGAGGAAUAUUUUUCUGAGGUCUAAAAUUCAACAACGCUUCAAAUUCAAACGGAUACUGAUCCAUAUAAAUAAACUUUAAUUGAGUAUCACAAGCCUAGAACUUGACAAUCUUUAUCUUUAUUCGUUUAAAAUAAUUACAUUAAAUAUAUAAUUUGACAAUAAACAAUUUCACACAUUAACAAAGUUUAUCAGACUAUGAAACAUAGACAGAAUACAUUCAAUUUUGUUAAACGAGAUUGACAUGGGAUAACAUUUCAAACCGGUCUGGACGUAAGGACAAGGCUUCUUAACUGGGAAAUCCCAGUGAAAAUGGGAAAUAUCGUAAACUUAGUUUAAUAAGUAACUAACCUAAAUAUAACGACCAACUCUUAUGAAGUAAAACAGUAAAAAGGAUUCAAUUAUAUUUUGAAAGUACAAUUCUUAUUUAGAAAGGAACUGCCUCCAUUGAGGAAGUGGGUGGGGAUUGUCCUCGCAUUACAUUUAUUUUCUGCACAUUCCUUAAUUUCAUGUUAAAUGUUUUAACUUCGUCUCAACGUUCAGUUUCCAUUCCCGCUAUUUAAUAAUAUGAUUUACAGGUGGAGCACAACCAGCGUGCCCUGCAAAUGAUAAAACCAAAUGUACAGCAGAUCUGCAUACAGUAGCUGACACAUGCACCAGUGACAAAUGUGUAUGUGCCCCUGGCUACUCACCCAACGCAGAUAAAUGUGAAUGUAAGUUUCCUCACAUACGUAUUUUGUCACGUUACGUUUCAAUUCUUUUGAUGAAAUUAUUGAUAAAUAACUCAUAAAUUGAUUUGAACAUUAAAAGUGGCGAAACAAAUAGCGACGGGUUGAUAUGUAAAUUUAACAUACAUUUAUUUAAUGAAACAUCUAUAUAAUUAUACAUUUGUAUACGAAUUUGUUAUGUAAUGUAUAAAAUAUGUCUAAAAACAUUCAAGAAAGAAAGAAAGAUAACAGUUUGAAAAUUAAUUCAUUUUUUAAAUUAAAUCUUAGUGAGUAAACCAAAAAUCUCCGGAGAAACACCAGAUAAAAAAUACUAUGUUGGGAGCUCAUACAGUUUGGUGUGCAACACGGACGUAACAGCGGCAACGACUUUUGAAUGGUCAAAGUAAGAAUUCUCCAAACCCAUACAGCAGAUCAUUUGCAGAAUAGGAUGAUUUCAUACUGUCUCCAUAAUAUCACUUUUAGGACAGACUUAAUUUAUGACUAUGGAUGGAUAACACAAAAUAUUAUUGGUGUCGGUGAUGAUCGUUUCGUUUUGGGGAAUAUUCGAAGAUUUCUUUUAAAGAAUGUAAACACCUCUCGAAAGAAUAACAAUUUGAAUGUCUACAUUUCUCUGAAAGCUGCUUUUUUGAACGCUUUAGGUGCUUUUAAACCCCCUUUUAAUUCUUACCUGUUUUUUUAAAAAUAACAUAACUUUAAAAUCUUCAUUUCACCGACAUCUCUUAUAAAACAUUUUUAAAUCUCUAUUAUAAAGAAAAUUUAAAAUCCUAAGAAGAAAACGAUAAACUUAUUUAAUAUCUAAGAACUUUAAACUCUAAACUUUAAUAAUAAGCUAUAUAUAAGUUUAAAAAAAUAAAAAAAAGGUCUUAAGUUUGAGACAUGUAAGUGUGUGCUACUGGAAUAGAACAUCGCGAAUAAUUGCCUAUUUGAAAAUCUUCUUUAUUUAGUCUCUCUUAGUAAAAGUUAUUAAAAGUUAGUAAUUUAUUUUUAAAAUUUGAUUAUUUUAUAUAUAAACCCUCUUUCAUUCUAGUGCCGCACAAAAACUGUCGGAAACCAAGAAGACUUUAACCAUCAAUGAUGCCAAGACAACAGAUAGCGGCAGCUACUCAUGUAAAAUUGUAGUGGGUACAGAGCAUGCGGAUAGCGAGGCUAUCCCUGUCACUGUAGUAGGUAAGAUAUCACAAUCCGGUCAUUUUAAAGUGACAAUUGAUUAAUUUAUAUGAAUAAAAAUUAUUUCAGUAUCCUUAUUAAUAAAUCUAUAACUCAUUUGAUAUGUCUGCAAGCUACGUACACAAUAAAAGAAGACCUAUGGCAGCGUUAUGCACUAUUUAAACAUAUCCAGUAUAGUGAAAGGUAACCGAAUUUGUACGAAUAAACUUGUAAAAUUACUAAAUUACUACUACAUUACAUGAAUAAAUGGAUCUUGACCAAACUUAUUACACAUACACAUGAUAAUCCAUGUUCAAAUACCGAAGGGUACUGAACUCAUAAUAUCCAUUUCUCUGGGGCCUAGGGCCCCAGUUAAUUUUUCCUGAUAUAAGCUAUACAAAUAUCAAUAGGCCUAAUACUCCUACUGAAUGGAUGGUUGUUGACCAAACUUAGUACACAUACACAUGAUCAUCCAUAUUCAAAUACCGAGGGGUACUGAACUCAUAAUAUCAAUUUCUUUGGGGCCGGGGGACCCAGUUAAUUUUUCCUUACAUAAGCUAUAUGAAUAUCAAUAGGGUUAGACAACGGUAUAGGUUCUAUCGAGAUAUGAAUUUAUGGAUCUAAGCAUAGCUUUGUUCAUUACGCUUCUUAGUCUGUAUGGAAAUAUCGGUAGAUUUAAAACUAAUAUCCAAUCUAGAAUUUUGAAAAAAUUUCGAUAAUUUUAAAAAGCCUUAUCUAUGGCAUUUUUAAGUCGACUUUAAUGGGACAGAUUUUAAAUUUUAACUGUAUAAUUUAUCUGAAGGAUUUUAUAGCCCCCUUCCCCAUUUCAGACAUACUAAAAGGGGGCCCCUAUUUUAAUUUAAAUGUAUUAUAGUUAUAGUAGUGUAAAUUAGUUGUAUAAUGCUUAUUAUUUGAAAAAUAAUUACUUAGAAAAAUAAUUUUUUAUAUUUUAAAAAUAGAGAUGGGUUAAGAUUUCCUUAUAUAGAUAGAUAAAUAUAAGAUAGAUAGAUAAAGAGACAGAUAGACAAACAGACAGAUUAGAUAGACAGAUUAGAUAGAUAGAUAGAUAGAUAAAUAGAUAGAUAGAUAGAUAGAUAGAUAGAUAGAUAGAUAGAUACUAUCUAUCUAUCUAUCUAUCUAUCUAUCUAUCUAUCUAUCUAUCUAUCAUAGAUAGAUAGAUAGAUAGAUAGAUAGAUAGAUAGAUAGAUAGAUAGAUAGAUAGAUGAUAGAUAGAUAGAUAGAUAUCCAUAUUUAAAAAUUAAUAUAUGUAUGUAUAUCCCGUAUGCGCUUCUAUACCAUUAAUCCGAUUGCGAUAACAUUUUUGUUAGUUGUUGAAAUACGCCUGAAAAAAUUUUCGGAAUUAUUAAAAGCAUUUACCAUAUUCCAUUUUGGACCCUGGGCCCUAACUUCUUUUUUUUCUUUUAUGAGCUAAAUAUAAUUUCCGAAUGCGCUCCUAUACCAUUCAUCCGAUUGCGAUAAAACUUUGGUUAGUUGUUAUGCGCACGCCUGCAAAGAUUUCUUUCUGAAUUAGGUUAUUUAUUUUGAGGUAUUCUUUUUGGGGCUGGUGGCCAUAAAUUAUUUUAUUCUUACAUGAUCUAUAUAAAUAUAAUUUCAAAUAGAGCUAUUGCAUGGGUGCAUGGAAUUGAGUCUAAAAAACACACAGCGAUAUUUCUUUUUGUAUGUGACAUAAUAAGUAGGUUUCUGAAUUAGUUCAACAAUGUACAAUAAUUUUGCUUUUGCCGCCGAGGGCCUUAAUUUCGGAAAUGAAAUCGUUUCAAUUUAAGUAUUGUGUAAAAAAUAUUCGGUUUAAAGGUGGUUGGGACAUCUGUAUUUCGUUUAAUAUAGUUCAUGGGUGUAAAAUGAAAAGUGUGCAGUGACGUAUCAUGGGGGAAGGGGUUUAGCAAAAAUUGUGAUUCUAUAAUGUGCGUUACUUGAGUUCUUGUUUUGUCAAGCAACUUUAUUACAUAAGAAGUUCACGCCGCCAAUGUUUGGUGGGCUCUUUCUAGUAUAAAUAUAAUUUUAAACAGAUCUAAUGCAUUGGUGGAUCAAUCACUACAAGCGUGUGAACUAAAUUUUGAAAAUCCAUGCUCCUCACGUACGUUGCCUGCUCAGGUGUCAAAAACCCGUCUAAUUUAUUAGGGUACUCACCAAUGAGGAAAAAAAUAAUAUUUUCUAUUUGAAAAUUACUUCAAAAACGCAACUAAAACACAAAGUUUGUUUCUUUGAGUGGCGUUUCAACGCAUGCCGGGUUCUCUCUAGUUUAUAAGAAUGAGCUGGCUGACUAAAUAACGCUAAAAUCGAAAAAAAAAAAAAAAUUAAAACGUGGAGAAACGUUUAAAAAAUUGAUAGGGUUAAGCUAUUAUUUUACGCUAAGCGAAUAAAUUUAAGUAUGAUAAAAAUAUAUGUAUCUGCUUAAUUCGUUAUCACAUUUAACUGGAAUAGCCGAACACACGUUGUUUAUUAGCCUUCUGUUUUGUUAAUAUUGCAAAUUAAAUUAAAAUUGAUGUUGAUUGACAAAAUGAUUUCAACCGAUACCAAAUUAACAUUCUCGCCUUAACAAAAUGAAAAAAAAAUAAUAAUAAUCCUAUGAGAGCUUAAUUAUUCAAGCAUGCAAAUCACAAUUUUUAACUUUUGUUUAUUUAAUAACAGUGACUGACAAGACUGAUAACAGACUUUACUUUUUAAAAACGAAAUUAAUCAAAAUAAUUUAUUGAUUUGUAUAGUGUAUAGUUAAUACACCACACUACAUUUUUUUUUUUUUUUGAAACGAAUAGAUUUAAAUUCGGAAUUUUCCGAGGGUCUUAGAAUUUUAAUAAAUUACAGGGGCGUGCAAUAAAAUAUGGGCUUCUUAUGUAAGGGCUACCAUUCCAUAAUUAAAUAAUUGUAUUAUUAUAUAUUUUAAAGAAAACAAUGGGAGGAUAUUAUUUGAUAUUUUCACAGUCACCCUAAAAUACACGUAAGAAUGAAUAAAAGAAUGUUAUUAAUAAUUAACUUUCUUUUGUAAACAUAUUUCAGGGUGAAUGAAUAGAAUGUGCACAUUUUUUCGUGGAUGACAUUAUCUUUAGCUUUAAAUCUGAUGAUAUUAGUGUCGUAAAAAAGAGAUUUUGCAUCAAUCCAUCAAUUUACAGCAGUCUGUCAUGUUUACGUUUUUUGUUAUUUCAACUUUUUUUGCGUUUCGCUCUGUUGCAAAGAAUUUUUUUAAUAAAAAUAACUGUACAGUAUAUAGACAUUUUGUUACAUCUUAUCUUGUCUGAUUGAUCAGCCUUAUCAGAGUUUUAAAAAUGUACAUAGCAUUUAAAUGAAACUUAAACUAUCAAAAUUUUCAAUAAGAAGUAUUCAUAUCUAUUUUAAAUAACAGAUCGAUUAAUUUAUUUAAAUUUAGCACCGGGAAAGCUGUGUGCUGGUGAUACGGAGUGUACUGGCUCAGUAUUCUCAGGGAAAUGUGACCUACCUGACAAAAAGCGUUGUGUAUGUGCAGAAAACUAUGUUGUGAAAGAAGACACUUGCAAAAGUAAGAAAAUAUUUAUUUAUUUUAUUUUAUUAAAAUUAAUUUAAUUAAAGGCAAGAUUAUUAUAUACAAGCCAAAAAUAUUCAAAUAGAAUAUACAUAAAAUAUUAAACAUAACUUGGAUUGAAAUUAAAAUCAUGAUUUGCAUAUCAUUGACCUUAAUUUUUAUAAUUGCUAUUAUUAUAUUAUUUGUAAGUUAUUAUUUGUAAAUAAAUAUAAAUCAUUUUGUUUCACAACCCCUAGAUGGCGCUGCAGUGAUAAGCACGAGCCUGCUAAUGUUGGUUGUGGCCAUCUUCUCUCAACUGAUGAAGCUCUCUUAAACUGUUUGAGUUAUCGGGUAGUUAAAGAAAAGACAUUUGUAAGGCCUUGUAUAAACGAUAGUCCAUGAUAUUUCAGCUAAUUUAUCUUAAAAUCUAUUUAAAUUGUUCACCAAUUAUAAAUUCAACAUCAGUUGCAACGUAAACAUAAUAAGCAAAAUAAAUUUACAAGUAACAUGUUCAAAAAUUACUAUUAAUAUAAAGCUGUAAUUUUUAUGAAUGAAGUAUGAGUUUGUUAAAUUGUUUUUAAUAACAUAUACUUAUAUUUAAAUAAUUUAAUACAUCUUUGAAGCCAUAUCAACAUAAAAUUUAGUCGUUAACUUAGCAGGGAUUUAAACUGUUGAAUUUAAAAAAAAAAAAAAAAAAAUUCCCAGUGUUAUUAGUGUCAUCGUUGCAUGGGCAUAGGAAAGGAGGUGGAACAUACUCUCUUAUGUGGGGACGCAAUUUUCUACCAACAUCAGAGUUUUAAUUGUGGAUGGAUGUCGGCACAAAUCUUUGCCCGAUUUGGACUGUAGUAUGCACAGUUACUUCACUGCAAAUUUGCCAAUCUUAAAUUUUAUGAAAUCAUACGCUUUCAAGAUAAAUUAACUGCAUUGAUUUCUGCAUUAUUUACUAAAUAUAUUUUUUAAAAUGUAAAAAUCUGUGAUACGAAUGAACUUGUUGUCGUUACAAUGAAGAUUUGACCUCUUGUCAAUUCGGAAACGAGUCAUGUUCAAGAAUUUUUCAAUUAACUGCCCAAUCACUUUAUUUUGUUUUAAUUAACCAAAUACUUUUUACAUGUGAUUGACGUUAUCCAUUAAACAAAGAGAAAAAGAGACAAAGUAUUUGGAUUUUUUUCGUCUUUUCAACAGAUUUUUUUGUUCUUUGUUUCUUAUGUUAUUAUUGAUGUUACGUUUUAUAAUAAAUAUAAAUGUUGGGGAAAAAACGUUUCCUAUAAAUUUCACAAUUCCUUUUGAUAAUUCUUAAUCAAACAAGACAUUCAAAAUAAAACCAUGAAACGUGUUGAGAGGAGGGUUAUCCUGUAAAAAAAUUAACCUUGCAGCAUCUUUGGCAUUCUGCUCUUUGUACUAAAUAUUUUCCGAAUGCAUUGGGCGUACGGGAAGAGAGGAGGCAUGGUUGAAAAUAUCACCAAUACAUGCUAACAUGACAUUCACACACAUGACAGGUACUUCAAUAUGUAUUUGCCAAUUUCACUGGUAUCUUUCCAAAAACUGUAGGAAAUAGAUGAAUAGAUUCGAAACUCCUCAAUUUUAAAAAAAUAGAUUUACCAAAUAUUGUUUAAGAAGUGUUCACUGUCCAUCUCAUCCCUGUGGCGCUUCAGACCAUGUAGGGCUUUGGCCUGCCUCACUACUUACUUCAACUCAGAUCUAACUAGUGCUUUUAUUUUCCAUACUUGGAUUCCCAGUUGUUGUAGAACUUUUUCGACAUCAUCCAUCCACUUAAGCCUAGGUCUGCCUGUGAGCCGUAUUUCUCUGGGGUUUUGGUGAUGCACUCACUUCACUCCUCUGUCAUUUGGCAUUCUCUCUAAAUGUCCUGCCCAGCGUGGUCUGCCCUUUUUAUUUCUGCCACUAUCGUAGGAUCCUGAUAUAGACUGUAUAAUUCAUGGUUGGUUCGUAUUCUCCAUCCAUAUUCAUCCUUUAUUGCUUCAUAUCAUUUCUGAGAACUUUUCUCUCCCAUGUGUUUAAUAGGUUUCCUGCCGUUUU